UGGCACAAUAUUAUUUUGCAGUAUAUAACACUGACAACAUACACUGACGAGAGAUUUUGAAUCAUGAAAAAUAUACUACAAACGAUAUUAUGCUGCCUGCUACUCCUAUUAUCUAAUAACAAUGCAACUAUUGAAUAUGACAGCGACGGUAACUAUAUCGGAGAAGACAGCGACAAUGCCGAUAACGGAGAAGACAGCGACAAUGACGAUACCGGAGAAACACAACCAGUCGCAAAUCAGUCAGAAAGCACUGCGUCAGCUGGCACUGAUCAACAGUUGACUACCACGCCUCAAUUCCUGUCAGAAACACCAGUCACACAGCGGUUCGGCAGUGAUGAACAUCUGACUAGCGUGGCUCGAUUCGAUUCAGAAAUACCAGUUGAUGCUAACAAGUUUAUUGCUCACUAUGAUCCGAAUUCAACAUUAGACGCAUACGUAGAUUCAUACUUUGAAGUUGUGAAUGAUAAAUUUUUCAUGAUUGAGCUUCAUACAUACCGGGAUCCCAAGAAUGCGGAAGAAACAAUAAAAACUGAAAUCCUGAGACUUGAACGCUUAUAUCAAAGAAAAUGGGAGAAGGAAUUUCUCGAAACAAUCAGUGCAGAAGACAAGUCGCUCGUGAAUCUUGCUAACUAUGAAUACAGGAAGGCAUUGGAAGAUGAUGAUGCUUUUCAGCACAACGUUUUUGCUAAUUAUGGACGAUACCAUCAGUUGAAAAUGCAUAUUUCAAAGAAAUGGGAA